UAUCAUCUGUAGAUGCAUAAUUUAUCAUAUGGUUUUAAUUGACGUGAAAAUCGUCUAGUGGUAGUUGUUGUGCCUUGUUGCUGUGUGUCUCCACACCGGCGGGGGCGAUAAGAGCGGUGCGCGACUCGUGCUGCACUUCAGAGAGGAAGCAGUUGCUGUAGUAACGGAGAUGUGCGCUUCUGCUUAAGAGCAUGUGUGGGUAAAUAAAUCUGACAUUGACCGAUCCAACAGAGAGUAAUUUUAAUCGAAUGUAGUUAUUUACCACCUUACUAAAAAUCAACCUGAAUUGAGAGAAAUCGAGUCUACCACGCCACAAAAUGCAAAGGAAAGAGGCAGAAGGUUUGCGCUUCUAAAACGUUAAAUUGCUCCGCGCGAGCUACCAUAAUGUUAUCGUCUGCAUAUACGGACGCUUUAAUAACUAUCGUUCUUGAUGUGUUCGGCUGUUAGCGCCAAUGUGUUGGAAAAUCUGUGCUGUCACGUUUAAAGUUGCUCAAGUAUUGCUGACUUUGUUAAAGUGGGAUGUCGGCAUUAAAGAGUCUUGUACCCGCGCGGUUUCUCACGCUGAGCGCGCACCUGGUUAUCAUCAUUACUAUAUUCUGGUCGCGGGAGAAUAAUGUACAAUCGUGCCUACCACUGGAUUUUACUGAAGAACAGUUCAAGACCGAAGAUACACGGUUGGUUGUGGCUCUGUCUGUAACUCUGGGUUUGUUUGCUGUUGAAUUGGCUGGAUUCUUUUCUGGAGUCUCCAUGUUCAACAGUAAUCAGGGCCUUCUGUCUCUGAUCGCUCAUUCCAGUGCGUCUGUCAGUUUGUCUCUGUUUGUGUUGCAGCAGUGGCCCUGCUGGGCAUACUGGAUCAUUUUCAGCCUCUGCAGUGUAGUUCCAGCAGUUUUGGAGUUGAUUCUGCUCAUUUCACAGAAGUUUGUGUGAAACCCUUGAAAACCCAUUCUUUCAAUUAAAAUUGUGUUUUUGCAUUACAACAAUUUUUUACAUUAGAGAAAUUAGCAGAUGAAGUGGGAUGUGUGUUAUUUUAACUUCAACAGUCAAUCGUAUGUAAUGAACCCCAAGCAGAAUCUGAUUGAGUGUGUGUGCGUUUUGUUUAAAACUAACCACUCAUACACCUGUUAAACCUGACCAUGAAUCUGAGAGAAUAUUACUGUAUUCGGAGAAGAUUACUUACACUGCAUUUCUUAACCAGAGGUCUGAGACCCACUAUAGGGCCUUCAAAUAAUUUGAAGGUAAAACAAUUUCUUAAUUUAUGAUUAUUUUUUAUAAAAACAUACCUUUCUAGUUAUUCCAAGCUCUGGAAUACUUUGUAUAUUUUUAUGCUUUGCCAUUUCAACACAACAACACAAUUGAAUAUAUAAUAAAUG